GUAGAACAAACAGACAACUGUCUACCUCUGCUGAUUUGGCACAGCUGCAUAAGGUAACGUUAUCUGGCAGGGGGGAUUUCUUGGCGGCCUUCCUUCGCGUGCCGGGGCUUUGAGAACAUUCUCCCUUCAAGAGCCCUGCCCUUGUCUCGCGACGGGUUCAUAAGGCGGAACGCUAAGUCGCUGGACCGAGAUGGGGAGUAUGGACAUUAAGUGGUAAACGAACCGCCGAUACACGCCCUCUCGCAAUGUCGACAUCCAAGACCCGCCAGAAGCAUCUUUCCACAAUGGCGAAUCCGGUGACCAUUGUCCUCGCGAGUCUUGUGGUCAUAGUACCAUUGGGUCUCUACAUCCUCUUCCUUGGUCUCAGCGCCAUUCCGUAUUUUCAGCGGAAUUUCGUGUAUGCACACAAGAUCCACACGCUAUGGUGGGGGGACAUCAAUGAGCCGGAGCAAUGGGGGUUUGCAAGAAACCAAGUGACACCCUUCCACAUUACUACCGCGGACAACCAGACGCUUUACGCCUGGCACAUCCUCCCCUUAUCGCUCUACACCCAACACGAGCCCACACUAGCCUCCCAACCAACGGGUUUCUGCUCUGACAUAACCGGCACCACCAACUUCCGUCUUCUCCGUGAUGACCCCAACUCCAAACUGGUCAUCACAUUCCACGGCAACGCAGCGCAACUAACCCAAGGCCUGCGCACCUCGCACUACCACUCCCUCAGUUCCCUGCACAGCCCGUACCAUGUGCUGGCCAUCGACUACCGUGGCUUCGGCCUCAGCACGGGCACGCCCACCGAGCAAGGGCUGAUCCUCGACGCCGAGGCCGCCAUCAACUGGGCGGUGCGCACGGCGGGGAUCCCGCCUUCGCGCAUCGUGCUCGUCGGCCACAGCCUGGGCACCGCGGUCGCUUCCGCCGCGAGCGAGCUGUUCACGCGGCACGAGGGCGUCGAUUUCGCGGGCGUCGUGCUCGUCGCUGCCUUCAGCUCCCUGCCGGAAAUGUUGAGUGGGUAUGCCAUUGCCGGGUUCCUGCCCGUGCUGCGCCCGCUUACGUGGUGGCCUUGGCUGCUGAGGGUUGUGAUGGGCCGGGUGGUGGAUAAGUGGGAUAGCGCAGGGCGCUGGACCGAGAUUGUGGGGGAGGUGAAGCGGAGGGGGGGAAGGCUCAGGUUGAGCUUGGUGCAUGCGCGGAAUGAUUGGGAUAUUCCAUGCCACGAGGACGAUAAACUGUUCAGGGCGGCUGUGAAGGGGUUGAUUGGGGAUGCGGCGGCUGAGCGGUUUGAGGAGGAGAAGGAUAGGAGGAUGGUGGUCAGGGGCAAGGAUUCGUUUGUGGCCACCUGGACGGAGGGCGAUGUGGUGAUUCAACAGGAGCUGUUUCCGCAUGGAGGGCAUAACCGUAUUCUAACUUACACUUCCGUACUCAAGGCCGUCAUGAAAUCCUUCACCCUUCCUGAUGAGGCGGGACAGGCUUUGGAUUGAGCAGAGUAAUGAGGUGAGUUGCCUGAAGGAAAAAACACGCCUAAUAGAAAGAGCAACUAGCCAUCAACACGAAUCCGCACCCCAGCCGAAUGAGCGAUUCACCGAAGUGAUAGCGUUGAUGCCCUCUCUGAGGAACCUCGGCGCGCCCUCCAGAAGAUUGCCCAGCGGUUCAGCAGGGGCAGUCUGGGAAGCAACCAGAUCCUCAGCGUCAAGCGUGCCCUGACGCUUGGCCAGUACCGCCCGACUAAUAGCUUGCCCCCAGAGAUUGUAGACAUGCUCUUCAGACAUGCUGACAUACCGCUUUCUGCCAUUUCCCUCGGU